AUGGCUAGGUUGGGCGGCAACCUGACCGUCUGGGCCGACACCUACGUGGAGAAGAUCCUAUUCGACAGAGACAGCAGCAGAGCGACCUUGUGGCCGUCGGCGUGCGGGUUUGACGUCGUCGUGGACAACGCACACGUUGGCGAAAAUCUCCAGAACCACGUCUACGUGAUCCUGACGGCCCGGUCAUACCACGGAACGGAUUCGAAACUCUCGAUGUGUUGCUCCCAGGCGAUGCCGGCAUUCAUCGACGCUCACGAAGCCUUGGUGCGCUCAGUCCUCGCCUCGUCGACCGAAGCCUCCGCCUUCUACUCCACGUUCCCGGGGUACAUGGCCUUUGACAUAAAAGACAACGCGCUUCUGCGUCCAGGCGACAGCCUCUACGUGAGUUUCGCGGGGCUCGACGCACAUCACCACUACAACAUCAUCAAUCAUCCUCGUGUAGCAGGUGAAGACGACGGACCCGCCGGCCAGCCUGCUCGUAGCGGGCGGAAAGACGUCGUCACAUUCACACGAGGAUCUUUCUCGAUGGCGCUAAGGGAUUCGUCCCCAAGGCAUGCAGACGGUGUGAUGGAUGACAAGGGGCGCAUCUACAACCUGCGCGUCUGCGAUCCGAGCAUCGUGCCCAUCUUACCCCGCUACAACACCCAAGCCAUAGCCUACGGGCUGGCGGAGCAUGUGGCGCGUAUGAUCACGUCUGAUCUCGACGCGGAGUAA